AAUGGUUGACUGCUUUGGCGUCCUUUCUGUGCUUGUGUGGCUGCGUCUCGCCAGCAGUUCGGCGCACAAAGCAUGGUCUGUUAUUGCAAUCCGUAACCAAACAGAGUCCAGGCCUCUUCUUUCUCCUCUAUUUGGUCGGUUGUGUUGCGACUGGCUCCUGGCUUCCCCCUUCACGCCUUCCAGCAGUCUCGGUCUUCUACGGCAAUAUUUGUAACUUAUAGAAAUGAGCGACAAAGCAAGUGAAGUUGAUGAACUGGAGCAACUAUUUGCUGAUGCGGACGCGAUGCCCAUCCAGAUAUCAUACGCGCUGAUAAAGUCCAUUACAAAAAUUUUUGCUCAAGUUCUUGGAAAUGGUGCGUUCGGAGUGGUCUACCUGGGAGGUCUUCGAAAUGGGAUGGUUGCUGUGAAGAAGCUUUCAAUAUCAAUGGAUUUUUCUGAUACCCAAUUUUUGGAGGAAGUUAAAUGUCUAAAGAGGGUAAGGCACAAAAAUAUUGUAAGAUUUCUGGGCUAUUGUGCAGAUACACACGGGGAAGUCAUGGAAAUAGAAGGAAAACUUAGGAUUGUUGAGGUACAACAAAGGUUACUCUGCUUUGAGUAUGUACCAAAUGGAAGCCUUCACCAAUGUCUUCAAGAAAAGACUCAUGGAUAUGAUUGGAAUACUUGUUACCGAAUAAUUAAGGGAAUUUGUCAGGGUUUGCAUUUUCUUCAUGAAGAACGAAUUAGCCAUUUGGAUCUCAAACCUGCAAAUGUGCUGCUGGGUGCUCACAUGGAACCAAAAAUCACAGAUUUUGGUUUAUCCAGGUUACUUGAUGGAAAUCAGUCCACAAUAUUCACUAUGAACCUGUUUGGAACCCCGGGAUAUAUUGCACCAGAGUUAAUAGACAAACAAAAAAUAUCACUCAAGUCAGAUAUAUUCAGUUUGGGGAUUAUCAUUGAAAGACUAUUGACAGGGAUUUACGAGAAUAUUACUGAAACUUGGCUUGAAUCACUAUGUGUAGAAUGCAAAAAAAUGAAGAGAUGCCUGGAAAUUUCAGAAAAGUGUGCCAACUCUGAUCCUUCUAAAAUACCUACUGUGGACGAGAUAACUCUUACGCUUAAUCAGACAGCAACUACGAUUCAAAGGGUUCCUCCAGUUGUUACAGAUCCAAGAAAUGAUCUAACGUCUUCAUUGUACAAGUGGCUUAAAUCUCAAUGUGUAGACUGCAGACAAAGGAAGCGUUGCCUGCAAAUUGCAGAAAAGUGUGCCGACUCUGAUCUUUCUGAAAGACCCACCGUUGAAAAGAUAUUUCAUAUGCUUAAUGAGACACAAACCACAACUCAAAGGAUUCCUUCAACUGUAAAUGAGCCGAGAAAUGACCCAAGGUCUUCAUUAUACCAGUGGCUUAAAUCACUAUGUGUAGACUGCAAAAGAAAGAAGGAAAGCCUAGAAAUCGCAGAAAAGAGUGCCAACCCGGAUCCUUCAAAAAGACCUUCUAGGGAUGACAUAAUUGGUAUGCUUAAUGAGACAGAAACUACUAUCCGAAAGGUGCUUGGAGUGGUUGAUGAGCCAAUAAAUCACCCAAGGUCUUCAUUGUACGAGUGGCUUAAAUCACAAUGUGUAGAGUGCAACCAAAAGAAGGGAUUUUUGGAAACUGUUGAAAAGUGUGCCAUCUCCGAUCCUGGUAAAAUACCUUCUAUUGCUGAGUUAAUUCUUAUGCUUAAUGAGACAGAAACCACCAUUCCGAAGAUCCACCCAGUUGUUAGAGAGUGGAGAGAAGACACAAAGUCUUCACUAUACCAGUGGCUUCAGUCGCUAUGUGUAGACUGCAGAGAUGUGAAAAGAUGCCUGGAAACUGCAGAAAAGUUUUCCAACCCGGGUCCUUCUGAAGGACCUAAUGUGGAAAAUAUAUUUCUAAUACUUAAUGAGGCACAAACCCCACCAAAAGUUGCUGGUGUUAAGGAUAUAAAUAACACGAAGUCUUCACUAUACCAGUGGCUUGAAUCACUCGGUGUAGACAGCAAGCAAAUGAAGAGAUGGCUGGAAAUUUCAGACUGUACCAAUUCUGAUCCUUCUGAAAGACCUACUAUGGCUGAGAUAACUCUUAUGCAUAAUGAGAUUGAAACCACGAUUCCAAAGGUCUCUCCAGAUGUUAAUGAGCUAGAAAAUGAUGCAAGGGAAUUAUACAAGUGGCUUCAAUCACUAUGUGUAUACUUCAAACGAUUGAAGAGAUGUGUAGAAAUUACAAAAAUGUGUGCCGACCGGGAUCCUUCUAAGAGACCUACUGUGGAAGAGAUGUUUCUUAUGCUUAAUGGGACGCAAACCAUGAGACAAAAGGUUCUUCCAGUUGCUACUGCACCAAGAAAUGACACACGGUCUUCAUUAUACCGGUGGCUUGAAUCACUAUGUGUGGACUGUAAUGAAAAGAAGAGAUUCCUGGAAAUCGCAGAAAAGUUUGCCAACUUUGAUGGUCCUAAGAGACCUACUGUUGAUGAGAUAAAUGUGAUGCUUAAUAAGCCAGAAACCAUGUUUCCAAAGGUUCCAAGAAAUGACCAACAGUCUAUUAUACCCGUGGCUUGUGGAAUCACUAUGUGCAAACUGCAAACAAAAGAAGAGAUGCCUGGAGAUUGCAAAAAUGUGUGCCCACUCUGAUCCUCAUAGAAGACCUACUAUGGCUGAGGUAAUUAUUAUGCUUAAUGAGACAGAAACCAUGAUUCAAACGGUUCCUCCAGCUGUUAUA